GUUACACACGCUAAGCCGCCGCCUACUGGAAGUGAAUCUUAGCUUCUUAAAAUUGCGACCGAUGUAUUCGCAAUAAUGCGAUUACUAACUACUUAGCAGUUUCAGAGUAGCUCCAGACUUACUCUGCCUGUGCGAUCAUUUCAGUGCUUGUCGUUCCUGGUUGACGUCACAAACACACCCAGCGUUCGCCCAGGCACUCCCACCGUUUCUCCGGCCACUCCUGCGUUUUUCCCGGAAACGGUAGCGUUUUCAGCCACACGCCCCUGAAACGCCGUGUUUCCGCCCAGUAACACCCAUUUCCUGUCAAUCACAUUACGUUCGCCGGAGCGAAGAAAAAGCCGUGAGUAAAAAUACUUUCUUCAUAGUAACGUUACUUGGCGCAGUCGCAGUGCGAACAUUGCGCAUGCGUACUAAGCGGAUUUUCACUGCGAUGCGAUGAAAAAUACCGAGCGAACAACUCGGAAUGAGGGCCAAUGUUUCCCUGUUCUAUAGAUGCCAAAAGUUUUACACAGAACACAAAGCUUAUUACCCAUCAGCCAGCUAAGGCAGCUGAGAGGCAAUUUCCAUGUUCUGAGUGUGGAAAAUGUUUUACAUACAAAUCAGCUCUUGUUAGACAUCAGAGAAGUCACACAGGUGAGAUGCCAUUUCCAUGUUCUGACUGUGGAAAAUGUUUUACUUGGAAAUCAUGUCUUGUUACACAUCAGCAAAGUCACACAGGUGAGAAGCCAUUUCCAUGUUCUGAGUGUGGGAAAUGUUUUGGCCGGAAAUCACAACUUGUUAGACAUCAGAGAACUCACACAGGUGAGAGGCCAUUUCCAUAUUCUGACUGUGGAAAAUGUUUUACUUGGAGAUCAAGUCUUGUUACACAUCAGCAAAGUCACACAGGUGAGAAGCCAUUUCCAUGUUCUGAGUGUGGGAAAUGUUUUGCCCGGAAAUCACAUCUUGUUAUACAUCAGAGAAGUCACACAGGGGAGAAGCCAUUUCCAUGUUCUGAGUGUGGGAAAUGUUUUGCAGACAAACCAGAGCUUGUUAGACAUCAGAGAAGUCACACAGGUGAGAAGCCAUUUCCAUGUUCUGAGUGUGGGAAAUGUUUUGCAGACAAACCAGAGCUUGUUAGACAUCAGAGAAGUCACACAGGUGAGAAGCCAUUUUCUUGCUCUGAGUGUGAGAAAUGUUUUUCACGGAAAUCACAUCUUGUUGAUCAUCAGCGAAGUCACACAGGUGAGAAGCCAUUUCCAUGUCCUGAGUGUGGGAAAUGUUUUGCAGACAAAUUACAUCUUGUUAGACAUCAGAGAAGUCACACAGGUGAGAAGCCAUUUUCUUGCUCUGAGUGUGGGAAAUGUUUUGCCCAGAAAUCACAACUUGUUAGACAUCAGCUAAGUCACACAGGUGAGAGGCCAUUUCCAUGUUCUGAGUGUGGGAAAUGUUUUGCCCUGAAAUCAGAUCUUGUUAAACAUCAGAGAAGUCACACAGGUGAGAAGCCAUAUUCUUGCUCUGAGUGUGGGAAAUGUUUUACACAGAACUCAUAUCUUGUUAUACAUCACAGAAGUCACACAGGUGAGCAGGCAUUUCCAUGUUCUGAGUGUGGGAAAUGUUUUGCAGACAAAUUACAUCUUGUUAGACAUCAGAGAAGUCACACAGGUGAGAAGCCAUUUUCUUGCUCUGAGUGUGGGAAAUGUUUUGCCCGGAAAUCACAACUUGUUAGACAUCAGCUAAGUCACACAGGUGAGAGGCCAUUUCCAUGUUCUGAGUGUGGGAAAUGUUUUGCCCUGAAAUCAGAUCUUGUUAAACAUCACAGAAGUCACACAGGUCAGAAGCCAUAUUCUUGCUCUGAGUGUGGGAAAUGUUUUACACAGAAAUCACAUCUUGUUAAACAUCACAGAAGUCACACAGGUGGGAAGCCAUUUCCAUGUUCUGAGUGUGGGAAAUGUUUUAGACAGAAAUCACAUCUUGUUACACACCAGAGAAAUCACACAGGUGAGAAGUCAUUUUAAUCUUCUGGAGUAUACUUAUUAUUGCCAUGCGUUGUUCUUCAAGGUUCUUAUCCUAUGUCCUGUGCUUUUUGCAAUAUACAUGCAACCACUGGGUGAAAUAAUCAGCUGUCAUGCCCUCAUCUACCACUGCUAUGCAGAUGGUCUGUCUUUUGUUCUGGGUACUGAGAACCCAGUACCAAUCCUAAAUGUCUAGCUGAGCUCCAGGUGUGGGUGUUGCCAGUUGGCUGUGACUCAAUCCUGGUGAAACAGGUCCUUAUGCUAGCUCACCAACAAAGGACAGGGCUACAGCUCAGCUUUGUUACCAACCAGACUUACGCUUGGGGGUUCAGGUUUACAUAAUGCUGAUCCUGUGCAGAAUCUUGGUGUCCUGGAUGGUGGAGUGACACUUAGACAUCAGGUAUCAGCCACACUCAGAUCCUCAUCUGAGGAACAUAGUCAGACUCCAGCACUUUAUUCCCUCAGAAAAUCUACCUACAGUCAUACAUGCACUUGUAUCAUCACACAUAGACUACUGCAAUGUCCUCUACCUGGGUCUCCCAGCAAAAGAAUUGCACCGCUUGUAGCUUGUACAGAAUACAGCAGCCUGGCUGUUACCUAACCAGCCCGUUCCUGCCACAUAACACCCAUUCUCUGCUCCCUUCACCGGCUCCCUGUAAGAUGGUGACUCUGGGCCUAAUUCAGGUUGGACUACAGUGUGUGAUCCAAACGGAAUUAUUGAGAAAAACUUGCGGACGCAUGCGCAGCGCCCGUCCUGCGUAUGCACCUUCAUUCUCUACAGGGGGCUGUAGGAAAUGUGAUUGCUUCUUGUUAAUCAGGUAGAGGCGGUCACGGGGUGGGGGGUAAAGCUCCAUUUCCAGUGAGAAGAUGGAGCGUUACAAGUGCGGUGUUGCGAGAAAGGGAGGCGGACAAACGGUCAUGUUCACUGUGGCUGCAUGACAUCACACGCAGCCAUCGCAAUCUAGAAGAACGCGGUGGGGAUCCUGCAGGCACAGCUAAGCUGGCAGGAUGCUUCACUAGUUUCUAAGAUGAAGCAGAAAUUGUGGAGCGAUCGCAAUUUCUGCUUCAUAAAGGGGGGAGGCGCCGGUCAGCAUACUAGGCUGCCUCGCCCUGCGAAGGGCGGCCCCCAGCACGCUAGAAAAAGGAUUGCUAAUUAGCAGCAUCUGCUAUCCUCACUGACUUACUGUAGGCACCUAUUACACAAUCUUACUGACUCUCCCAGCCCUACAUGACCAGGGUCCAUGUACCAGAAGCAGCUUCUGCCUCCUUACUGACUUACUGUAGGCCCCUAUUACACAAUCUUACUGACUCUCCCAGCCCUACAUGACCAGGGUCCAUGUACCAGAAGCAGCUUCUGCCUCCUUACUUACUGUAGUUCCCUAUUACAUAAUCUUACUGACUCUCCCAGCCCUACAUGACCAGGGUCCAUGUACCAGAAGCAGCUUCUGCCUCCUUACUGACUUACUGUAGGCCACUAUUACAUAAUCUUACUGACUCUCCCAGCCCUACAUGACCAGGGUCCAUGUACCAGAAGCAGCUUCUGCCUCCUUACUGACUUACUGUAGGCCCCUAUUUCACAAUCUUACUGACUCUCACAGCCCUACAUGACCAGGGUCCAUGUACCAGAAGCAGCUUCUGCCUCCUUACUGUAUUACUGUAGUCCCCUAUUACAGAAUCUUACUGACUCUCCCAGCCCUACAUGACCAGGGUCCAUGUACCAGAAGCAGCUUCUGCCUCCUUACUGACUUACUGUAGGUCCCUAUUACAUAAUCUUACUGACUCUCCCAGCCCUACAUGACCAGGGUCCAUGUACCAGAAGCAGCUUCUGCCUCCUUACUGACUUACUGUAGUUCCCUAUUACAUAAUCUUACUGACUCUCCCAGCCCUACAUGACCAGGGUCCAUGUACCAGAAGCAGCUUCUGUCUCCUUACUGACUUACUGUAGGCCCCUAUUACACAAUCUU